GCAGCCCAUAAUUCCUCUUCCACUACCUCAGCCAUGGGUUCUGCUGGCGGUCUGGUCGACUGGCGCUCACCGCUCAGCCCAAUCCAACCCACUCCCCAUCCAUCAUCCACUCCAAACCCCCACCGCUAGAAUAACUCGAAUUGCUUUUCCUCCCUCCAUUUCCAGGCACACGACGGCUCAGGGAGAGGAGCCGCGCACCACCAUGCGGCCACUCUCCUACGCGCCGCCGGCGCCGCAAUCGCGAGCGAGCCCCAGCCCCGGCCGCGGGCUCAGGACGCAGCCAUGCGCGCUCCCGUUCCCCGACGCCCUCCGCGCCGCGGCGGCGGCGGCGGCCGUCUCCCUCUCCCUCCUCGCAGGCGACGCCGCGUGCGCGGCUGUGGCGGCAGCCCCGCAGCCCCCCGAGAUGUGCAGGGACGGGGGCGCGGCAAUGGAGGAGGAGGUGAGGGCCGAGGCGGUGACGAACGAGCAGCUCGUCGAGGAGGCGUGGGAGGUGGUCAACGAGAGCUUCCUCCCCGACGCCGGCAGCCGCCCAUGGUCGCCGGAGAUGUGGAUGCAAAGGAAGCAGGAUAUUCUCCAAGGCACAAUCAAAUCCCGAUCUAAAGCCCAUGACAUUAUUCGGAAAAUGCUAGCGAGCCUUGGUGAUCCAUACACAAGGUUCCUAUCUCCCUCAGAAUUCUCAAAGAUGUCAAAGUAUGACAUGACGGGUAUUGGAUUAAACCUGAGGGAGAUUCCUGAUGACAUUGGCUCUUUCAAGUUGAUGGUAUUAGGGCUGCUAUUAGAUGGGCCUGCUUACUCUGCUGGUGUUCGACAGGGUGAUGAGCUUUUGUCAGUCAAUGGAAUUGAUGUAAGGGGUAAAUCUGCAUUUGAUGCUUCAUCCAUGCUGCAAGGUCCAAAGGAGACGUUUGUUACGAUUAAGGUUAAGCACAGUGACUGUGGUCCUGUUGAGUCAAUGAAGGUGCAGAGACAACUGGUUGCCCGAACUCCAGUUUUCUAUCGUUUGGAGAAAAGAGAAAAUGAGGAUUCAUCUGUUGGAUAUAUUCACAUUAAAGAGUUCAAUGCAGUUGCCAAAAAAGAUUUGGUUAGUGCACUAAAACGUCUACAGAAUUCAGGUGCCUCCUAUUUUGUUUUGGAUUUGAGGGACAAUCUUGGUGGACUAGUGCAAGCUGGAAUAGAGACUGCAAAGCUCUUUCUGAACAAAGGAGACACGGUCAUUUAUACUGCUGGCCGGGAUCGUCAAGUCCAAAAUACAAUUGUUGCUGAAAGUGGACCUUUGGUUGCUACUCCUCUUAUGUUAUUGGUGAAUAAUAGGACAGCAAGCGCCAGUGAAAUAGUUGCUUCAGCACUUCAUGACAAUUGCAAAGCUGUUCUUGUUGGUGAAAGGACUUUUGGCAAGGGCUUAAUCCAAUCUGUAUUUGAACUUCAUGAUGGUUCUGGUAUUGUCGUCACAGUUGGUAAGUACGUGACACCUAAUCACAAAGACAUCAAUGGAAAUGGAAUAGAACCAGAUUACAAUCGUCUUCCAGAUUUAAAGGAAGCCAGAGACUACCUUUCACGUUGCCAAAGUAAGGAAUUAAGCUGAGCCAAGCCUUUUAUUCCGAAGCCUGUCACAGAGGUCAGAUGAAGCAACACGUUACAAAGAUGGAAGUAUGGAACAUAGCUGAUGCUCCGUCGACUGUACAAUGAUCCCUCGAUGGUGUGCUGAGACUUUAGACGUGACUACAACCUCGUCAGAAUGAGCGUGCCCUUGAAACGAAACCGCGAAAUAGAAGUAGGGAGCACCUUGGACUCAUGGAACGAAGCAUUGGAAUCAAGAUUGCUUUGAUUUGACUUCCGCUGAAAAUACAGUUAAGGCAGCACCAAUCUUGAAAUGGCUUAGCCUAUACACGAUGAGCGAACUGUCGUGGUAAAAACAUCAUUUUUUUUAAACCAACUGGCAAGAGAAUUGUCUGUAAUAUUAAAUUAGAAUGAGUGUUUGGUAUAGGCGGAAACAAAAGUGGUAGUUUGAUACAGGCGGCCAGACAAAAAAACAAAAGUCUACUCAUCGAAAAAGGUGUCUCGUCCCUGCGAGUUCUUAUA